AUGACGCGCGUCAAGCUCGAUGGGCCAGUGCCAGAAGCAUUCUCAAUAGCCGAUGAAGUGAAGCAGAUCUGCGUACUCCCUAUCUUCCUCCUCAGUUUCAUGUUCACUGCCAUGCUGAUCGACGCCUACCGCAAUGAGCUCACUGGUAUCAGCAUCGUCUACCGGACCAACGACCGACUUCUCAAUACCCAGCGCAAGCUGGCUCCAACACGUCUUUCUGCGACUACUGCCCAUGACCUGUCCUUCGUGGAGGACUAA